GAGUAAACACAAACUCCUCCUUCGCGGUGACAGGCGGCAACACUGAAGCGUCGCCUCGCCUUUUCCAACACAAUCUACGCUUAGGAUUUAAUGUCGGUGCCAUCAAGGUGGUGAGCAGCAUCCCUUUAAGGCUAGCAGUGCCGUGCUGGCUGCUGCUCAGUGAGCCCCUGGAAGUGAAGCGCUGAGACCCGUAACUCACCUCCGCCUGGAUCCAGGGAUCAUCUCUCCUCACUGGGCUGUGUGAGCGGACCGCACUCCCCCACUCCCGGCUUCUGUCCAGCCUCUCACUGCAGAAGACGAUGACGACGAUGUGACUACUGGACUCUGUCAGAACCAUGUGAGCUGCUAUUAUGGAUCUGAGAAUCAGCAUACAUUGAAUCAACACUCAUCCAGUCACAAUGGUCCCACUUCUGUUUUUGGUGGCAACCACAACAACAUCCAAUUCCACCAGCAAUGGCAACCAUACAAAAGAAGACGUUUCUUCCCCCAGCCACCACAUCCUCCCCACCGUGCUGGUCCUGUCCCUGCUGCUGCUCAUCAUCGCACUGCUAGCCUGGUACUUCCUCAGGUUAAAAAACCAGAGAAAAGCAGUCGUCACAACAGUCGACAAGAAGAUACCAAAUGGCAUCCUGGAGGAACAAGAGUUUGGAUACAGUACUGAGUCGUUACACACCACUGUGCCACCAGAGCAACAGACGGUGGUCCUUCUGCCCCGGUCCCCUUCAGCCUCUAAGACCUACUUCCCCAUCCCGGUGGACCAGCUCGAGGAGGAGUACAGGCUCCGCUCUGCUGACGACGGCAAACUCUUCAGAGAGGAGUACAAUUCCUUGCCAGGAGGUAGUGCCCACGGGACGUACGAGGAGGCAAACAAGGACGACAACAAGGAGAAGAACCGAUACCCUAACAUCCUUCCUUAUGAUCAUUCCAGAGUGGUGUUGACUCUGCUUGAUGGAAAUCCCUGUUCGGACUACGUGAAUGCUUCUUACAUUGAUGGUUACACAGAAAAAAACAAAUUCAUAGCAGCACAAGGCCCAAAAGAAGACACCGUAGCAGAUUUCUGGAGGAUGAUAUGGGAGCAGAAAGUAGCUACUAUUGUCAUGCUGACAAAUCUGAAAGAAAGAAAAGAAGACAAGUGUUACCAGUACUGGCCGGAUCAGGGCUGUUGGACCUACGGGAACGUGAGGGUGGCAGUAGAAGACUUUACUGUUCUCGUGGACUACACCAUACGCAAGUUCUGUAUACAAUAUCAAGCCAGCGAUGCCGCCAAGACUCCCAGGCUGGUCACCCAGCUCCACUUCACCAGCUGGCCCGACUUUGGAGUUCCUUUCUCCCCCAUCGGCAUGCUCAAGUUCCUCAAAAAGGUCAAGGCGGUCAAUCCACCCUUCUCUGGGCCUAUCGUGGUCCACUGCAGCGCCGGCGUCGGGAGGACAGGAACCUUCAUCGUAAUAGAUGCCAUGAUCGAAGCGAUGCACGCAGAGCAGAAAGUCGACGUGUUUGGGUUUGUGGCCAAGAUACGAGAGCAGCGCUCACAGCUCAUUCAGACAGAUAUGCAGUACUCAUUCAUCUACCAGGCCCUACUCGAAUACUACCUCUACGGAGACACAGAGCUGGACGUGUCGUCUCUGGAAGGACAUCUGCACAAACUGCACAACACCUUUGCAGACGGCGACCGGGUGGGCCUAGAGGAAGAGUUUAAGAAACUGACCAACAUGCGAAUAAUGAAGGAGAACAUGAGAAUGGGGAACCUUCCUGCCAACAUGAAGAAGAACAGAGUUCUGCAAAUUAUUCCAUAUGACUUUAACAGAGUUAUUCUCUCCAUGAGAAGAGGGCAGGAGUUUACGGAUUUCAUCAACGCAUCUUUUAUAGAUGGCUACAGACAGAAGGACUACUUCAUCGCCACCCAGGGCCCUCUCACGCACACGGUGGAGGAUUUCUGGAGAAUGGUGUGGGAAUGGAAAUGUCACUCUAUAGUCAUGCUCACCGAGCUCCAGGAGAGGGAGCAGGACAAAUGUUGCCAAUACUGGCCCACGGAGGACUCUGUCACCUACGGAGACUACACGGUAGAGUUGAAGGGAGACACUUUGUGUGACACCUUCAGUCUACGAGACUUGGUACUCACCUUUGUCCCGGAGAAGCAGACGAGGGUGAUCAGGCACUUCCACUUCCACGGCUGGCCGGAGGUCGGCAUCCCGGCUGAGGGGAAAGGCAUGAUCGACAUCAUCGCCUCGGUGCAGAGACAGCAGCAGCAGUCUGGGAACCAUCCCAUCGUCGUACACUGCAGUGCUGGUGCAGGGCGAACAGGUACGUUCAUUGCACUGAGCAAUAUCCUGGAGCGAGUCAAGGCAGAAGGCCUGCUGGACGUGUUCCAAACUGUGAAGAGUUUACGCAUGCAGAGGCCUCAUAUGGUCCAAACGGUGGAACAAUAUGACUUCUGCUACAAGGUGGUACAAGACUUUGUCGACAUUUUCUCAGACUAUGCCAAUUUUAAAUGACCAGAUUUGCCUUAAACGUGGUUUUUAAUGUUUUCGAAAGCCGGUUUGUCAGUUUUAUUCUUUUUUUUUUUUUUUUUAACUUGGUCAAAUGAUCUAUUUUGCUAUGCACUUGUCCCGCCAUUAACUCCGUCCUGGCUGUAAUAUACUGUAUGUCAGUGGAUGAACAUUGUAAAUGAAAAAAGUUUAGUAAUUAAUUAUGAUUAAUAAUGUAUAUUUCACAUCAUGUAUGAUAAUUAUUUUAUCAUCAAGUGUUGUUUUACACUCUUAUUUGAUUUUUGUUGUAUAAUACUGUAUUUUAAAUGUUGGUCUCUUAUUUCACUUUUGUUGUAUAAUACUGUAUUUUAAAUGUUUAUCUAAAUGUUAUUUUGGAUUGACCACGUCAUUUGAAAAGUUGUACUUAUUGUAAAUGUAUUUAUGUAUCGACGAUGACAUUCCAUUCUUGAGUUUUGGAGCGCACGACCGGAAUGUUUUUUUUGUUGUUGUAAUCAUACAGUACGUCAUUGCAUUUAUUGAUUACUUCUAUCUGAGAUUAGAGGCGAUAUUGAAACUACAUGCCCAUCGCACAUGCGAUACUCUUUCCAAUGGAAAUAUUGUCAGAGAAAGAACUAAUUGCUUAAGCCGUAAUGCAGAGAAAGUAAAGUUUAGCGACGGAGGCCCAGGUGACGACGCGAGGGUCGGGCAGAACGUUUACAUUUAAGACGUAUCGCAAAGUCGUGAAAUACCGUCGUUACAUUGGUUUUGUAUUUCAAAAAAGUGGUAUGAGACUGCAUUUAACAUGGAUGUCAAGUUUGCCUGUAGACGGCAAAAAGUAUUUUGCUAAAAUGACUGCACAUUAAAAAGCACACGUAACUAAGCCAAGAACCUGCAAUACUCACCGGUAUGUUUAUUGCUUUUCUACCUCUGCCAAGGAGGUUAUUUGUAUUAGACAUUUUUCAAAAAUGUGAAAAAAUAGAACGUCCCUAAGGUAAAAGGCUGAGCGUUGAAGGUGAUUUUAAGGAAAGGUAAGUGUGGUCGCUAAACGCAGUAGUCGGUACCAUUUCACGACAACCUGUGUCAGAUGCAGUUAACGCAGUAAAGUAUUAAAUGUGUAACAGUAGACGACUCCUGUAAUGGCAAAAACCACAAUACGCACAUGUGGUGCUUCAGUGCCUGCUUAAUGCCAGAGCCACAAACGACAUACUAUCAACGUUCAGUUACUUUAUAUCUUACAAUACAUGUUUUUUAUUUUAUUUUUACAUACUUUACAAUAAGGAAGCAGAAUGUUUCAUAGGAAAGCAUAUGAAUGUGAAACGGCUUGUCUGUGCAGCAGUAACCCUAUCCAUCUGGAACUUCAACAUUAAACCAAACAUUUGAAAUAAUUUGACCCAGCUCUGCUUUAAUGAGUGGUCUAUCCAUUUCUGAUUCUCAAUGUCUUUCAAAUGCAAAUUGAAAUACUAAAUUAAUCUGAAAAAAGUUUAAUAAUAAAACAUACAAUAAGGUGGAUGCACAACAACUACGGGCUACAGGAUUGGGUUACCAAGCAAAAACAACUGACUAACACAAAACAGAAACAUCUCAAACUAAUUCAAAACAUGCACAGUAACAAAGAGGUUCCGCGUUUAAUGGCUCCAACACACCCAUUUGUACACUUUCAUUCUGCUCAAUGAAAAAACUUGAAAUAAAUCACCACUGAAGAUA